GAGCAGCUAAUGAAAGAAUGGAACUCACCUGUUUACGCGUUUUUUGAUCCAACACCGCACAUCAUUGAGAUUGCUGACCGCCGUGCGCAUGAGUUCAAGUGCCAAGCAAGGGGUUGCAAGGUCAAAGUGCGAUGGUUCCUCGAUAAGGGUGAUGCACGAUCCACAGGUAACAUGUGGAAGCAUGUGUGCUUGUGCUGGGGAGAUGAAGUCUUGAAAGCUGCAGAUAGUGCGAAGGAUGCAGACAAAGUGCGCCUCAAGAUUGUUGGUAGCAUUCUGCAAAAUGGAUCCAUUACUGCAUCCUUUGAACACAAGGGCAAAGGUAAAAUCACGUACUCACACCGUCAACAUACCCGCGCAGAAACGAGGGCUGAAGUUGUGCGUUGGGUAUCCGAGAGCCUGCGACCAUUUGAUAUCGUCAAGGAUCGUGCUUUUCAGUCACUGAUGAAAACAGGGAGACCCGAAUAUUACAUACCUUCCCUGUCCACUGUGUCUCACGAUGUGCGACUCGUCUUUGCACGGACUCAAAAAUGGGUUGCUAAAAUGUUGCAGGAAUACAAUGGCAAGAUUAAUUUUACUACUGAUGGUUGGACAUCACCCAACCAUCACGCAUUGGUCGCAUUUUCGGCCCACUUCGAGCACAAAGGGGAGCCACUAAGUAUACCGUUAGAUGUUAUCGAAGUUGGGAAGGUAAAACUCACCAAUCUA